AUGGCCAGAAAACGAAACGCACCCAGCGGUGGGUUUGGAGAGGGGUCAUCAUCCAAAAUGGCAAAGUCGAAUGGAAAGUACUACGCGGUCAGGAGAGGGAGAAAUCCUGGCAUCUACUACAACUGGGACGAUUGCAAAGCACAGACCGACGGGUAUUCAAAACCAAUUUUCAAGUCAUUCAAAAAUGAACAAGAUGCCAAGGACUUUAUGAAGCAGGGUAGUGAGAGCAGUAGGCCCGAGGCUCAUAGGCGACAAGAGGCCAAUGGCUACAUGGAACAUCGGCCUAAGGAUUACGGGGAAUACCGAGCCAACGACUACACGGGAUAUGAGACCAAGGAGUAUAUGGAAAAUGAGGCUCAGGACUUCAUGGAAGGCAAUACCGGUCAAUACCACGUUGUGACAAGGGGUCGUAAGGAGGGCAUCUUGAAUUGGUCAGAGACCCAGGCAUCCAUCGUUGAUUUCCCCGGGGCAAAGUAUGAGAGCUUUGAUACGUUGGAACAGGCUGGGCCGUUCUACAUGAAGCAUCUUGAGAAACAGUUUGCAAAGCGAGAAUCCGGUUCAGCACAACAAGCGAUGCAGCACCAGCAAAAGCAGUACACAGGAGCCGCUAUCGAACCUGUCGCAGCACCGAUCAAGUCAGAACCCACUGCGCGUCCUCAGCAGACGCGAUCUGCAACCGAGUCAGACGACCACUUAAUGAAAAUCUACACCGACGGCAGCAGUCAGGGGAACGGCAAGCCUGGCGCCCGUGCCGGCCUUGGUGUCUAUUUUGGACCCGACGACGAGCGUAACCUCGCUGAGCGACUCCCUGGCAUAAUUCAGACGAACCAACGGGCUGAACUACUAGCGAUGCUGCGGGCGAUGGAGCUCGUACCUGUGACACAAGGAAUAAAGAUCUUGACCGACAGCAAAUACUCGAUUGCCUGUGCAACAGAUUGGGUUGUAAACUGGGAGAAAAACAACUGGAAGAACGCCGCGAAGAAGGACGUCAUGAAUCAAGACAUCAUACGCCCUUUAGUGGCCAAAAAGAGAGAAAGGGCAGCUGCUGGAGCAGCAACCGAGUUCCAGUGGGUUAAGGGACAUUCUACCGAUCCAGGUAACAUCGCAGCUGAUCGGCUGGCUAACAUGGGGGCUGAGAAGCCGAAAGUUGAUUAA